CCCGAACCCGUCGAUGCCACAUUCCAGAGCUGGCCAUGGAUGUUGUCAAAUCAUGCGAGGGCCUCUGGGCGGCAUCUCUGGGUCCAGUGCGACAUGUCUCCAUCCAGUCACAAAUGCUUCUUCAAGGUUGCCGUCGUCAAAAUAUAAAGAUGAAGACUGAUCGCCCCUCCCCACUGACAACUUAAACUUUUGGUUCCCUCACCACUCGCCACUCACUUCAGACAGUCAGCCAGGAUAGUCAGCCCAAGAUGAAGUCCUCAAUGGUCUCGUUCUUCCUCUUCGCCGUCGGCCUUGCCAGCGCCGCCACCCUCGCACCCCGCCAGCGUGGGGAGCGGGUGGACUACACCAGCUUCAAGGGGCUGCGCGUGACCCUCGCCGAGCACUCCCAGGAGCUCGAGGACAAGAUCGCCGACCUAUCCGCCCACAUCCUCAACCCGGGCUCCCUGACCACCCUCGACAUUGUCGUCAGCCCCGGCAACGUCGAUGCCGUUCGCGCCCUGGUCAACUCGACCGAGGUCGUCGUUGAGGACAUGGGUGCCGCACUUCUCGAGGAGGGUGAAGUCGAGGAGCAGAUGCAGUUGUUUGACGAUGGCACUUCGACCGUCGCCGCUGUGCCUCCUGAGUCGUGGUUCACUGCUUACCACAGCUACAACGACCACCUCCAGUUCCUUCGCGAUCUGCAGGGCGCGUUCCCCAGCCAGUCCGAGCUCGUAACGGCCGGAGCUUCGGCCGCUGGACGCACAAUCCAGGGUAUCCACAUCUGGGGUUCUGGAGGCAAGGGCUCCAAGCCUGCUGUGCUCUUCCACGGAACAGUCCACGCUCGCGAGUGGAUCACCACCAUGACCACCGAGUACAUGGCCUGGAACCUUCUGACCAAGUACUCGUCCGACACAUCGAUCCGUACGCUCGUCGACAAGUUUGACUUCUACAUCAUGCCCAUUGUCAACCCAGACGGCUUCUUGUACACUCAAACCAACGACCGUCUGUGGCGCAAGAACCGCCAGUCGCGCAGCGGCCAAUCGUGCGUCGGCACUGACAACAACCGCAACUGGCCCUACGGCUGGUCCAAGACCGGCGGCGCCUCGACCAGCCCCUGCGCAGAGACCUACAAGGGCCUCGCAGCCGGUGACACCCCUGAGAACACGGGAUUGAUCUCCCAGAUCAACACUUUGAGGAGUGGAAGAGGAAUCAGCCUGUACAUUGACUUCCACAGCUACGGACAGUACAUCCUUUGGCCCUACGGAGACGACUGCCAGCGUGUCGACCCCGCCGAGACCAGGUGGCAGGCGCUCGCUACCACUGCCCGCACCGCCAUCCGUGCCGUCUCGGGCACCACCUACACCAUCGGCAACUCCUGCCGCACCCUCUACAUGACCACUGGUGACAGCACGGGCUACCUGGCAGGAACUGCCGGCGCCACAUACGCCUACACCUACGAGCUCCGCCCGGGCUCCGGCAGCGGCACCAGCGGUUUCGUGCUGCCCGCCGCCCAGAUCCAGCCAACCGUUAGGGAGACGUUUGAGGGAGUCAAGGUCAUGCUGCAGGGCGCUUGAAGUGGCUUAUGGCGUCUCGAACCCUCCUCCCUCAAGGGCGUUUCUGAAAGAGAGCCAGCCCAUGAGAGGAAUGGUUGAUCAGGCCUGGUCUGAGGGUGUGGGAUAUGCGAUGUAAAUAGGGUACAUAAAUCUUUUUGCGUAUAUACUUCGAACCUUGAACCACUAGUAUAUUGUCAAUCCUCUCUCAACAGCAAAGCAGUCCAGUAUAAUGAUGAUUGGCAC